AUGUCGAACGAUCUUUCUCAUCGAUUCGAGACUCUUCAGCUUCAUGCUGGCCAGGAACCCGACCCGGCGACAAAUGCUCGCGCAGUUCCAAUCUAUGCUACGACGUCCUUCACGUUUAACGACUCUGCCCAUGGCGCUAGACUUUUCGGCCUUAAGGAAUUCGGCAACAUCUACAGCCGUAUCAUGAACCCUACGGUCGAUGUUUUCGAAAAGCGUAUAGCAGCCCUUGAGGGUGGCGUUGCUGCCGUUGCGGCUUCAUCCGGCCAGGCGGCUCAGUUUAUGGCCAUUGCUGCGCUGGCGCACCAGGGCGAUAACAUUGUUUCCACCACAAACCUUUAUGGUGGUACUUACAACCAGUUCAAGGUCAUGCUCCCGCGCCUAGGUAUCAAGACCAAGUUUGUGAAGGGAGAGAACCCGGAGGAAAUUGCUGCCGCUAUUGAUGAUCGCACGAAAGCUGUGUAUGUUGAAACCAUUGGAAACCCGCGAUACAAUGUGCCUGAUUUCGAAGCUAUUGCGAAAGUUGCUCAUGAAAAGGGUGUUCCUUUCAUUGUUGAUAACACAUUUGGUGCUGGUGGUUACUUCUGCCAGCCCAUCAAGCACGGUGCCGAUAUCGUUGUACAUAGCGCUACCAAGUGGAUCGGCGGCCACGGGACAACCAUUGGAGGUAUCAUUGUCGACAGCGGCAGAUUCGACUGGGGAAAACACGCACAGCGGUUUCCACAAUUCGUUGAGCCAUCUGAGGGAUACCAUGGCCUUAAAUUUUGGGACACAUUUGGUCCUAUUUCGUUCGCUAUUCGUGUCCGCGUUGAAAUUCUUCGUGACUUGGGCGCUGCCCUGAACCCAUUCGGCGCUCAACAACUCCUACUAGGCAUUGAGACUCUGAGCUUGAGAGCCGAGCGACAUGCCAGCAACGCUAUUGGAAUUGCUCGUUGGUUGGAGAAGAACGAACAUGUCGCCUGGGUGUCGUACCCCGGUUUGGAAAGUCACAGCAGCCACGAGAGCGCAAAGAAAUACCUUAAGAGCGGCUUUGGCGGAGUACUCUCAUUUGGUGUCAAGGGUGGCGCUGCUGCAGGCAGUCAAGUGGUGGAUAACUUCAAGCUGAUUUCUAACCUUGCAAAUGUCGGCGACUCCAAGACCCUUGCAAUUCACCCGUGGUCCACAACGCACGAGCAGUUGAGCGACGAGGAGAAGGUUGCUUCUGGUGUAACAGAGGAUGCAAUCCGUCUGUCCGUCGGCACUGAGCACAUUGACGACAUUAUUGCCGACUUUGAACAGUCUUUUGCUGUUAGUACAGCCGCUGGCGUCGAUGAGAAGACUCUUCCUGACCGUACUCGAAACUGA